GCUGGAAUCCUUCAUAAACAUGUCAAGAAGCAAGUGUACCUAGGACGUUCCACCACAUCCUUAGCCCCCGGAUAUUUUCCAUGUCCACUCCUGAAGCGCCUCACAUGCAAGCUGGAUGCCUGGGCGGCAUCUUCAAGACCAGAUUCCGGCGUUCAUCUAACCUGAAGGGACACAACACGCCUCUCGUAACAUCCGACAACCCCGCUCCCAGUGCUUUGCGGCGGGAUGAGCUUGCUCACAGAUCGUCUGCGUCUCCUGGACCGUCUGGGGUGUCGGGGGAACACAAGCCAAACAUCUACUAUGGUACAUGUUGCGAUUUCUCGGGAAAAGAUUAUACAACAAACUGGCCGAUUUGGGAGGACCCCCCUCCCUACUCAAACACAGGUUCAUCAGGUAUAUUCAGGGCAGAGGUCAUGCGCACUAUCGAAUAUGUUCUCGACCAGCUGGAUCCUACACUGCGCAAAUUGAGUCUUCAAAUCCACGAUAAUCCUGAAAUCAUGUUUCAGGAAAAAUUCGCCCAUGACACCUUGUCACAGUUCAUGGAAAGCCAUGGCUUCUCAGUGACUAGACACUACUUAGGGAUGGAUACAGCCUGGCGUGCGGAGUUUGCUCAUGGUAAGGGGGGGAGGGUCUUAGGAGUCAAUUCAGAAAUGGACGCAUUGCCUAUGAUCGGACAUGCCUGUGGACACAACCUCAUUGCCAUCAGCGGAGUGGGAGUGGCUAUCGCUGUUAAGGCAGCCCUGGAAACUCACAACGUUCCCGGAAAAGUAGUUCUUUUAGGAACUCCUGCCGAGGAAGGCGGAGGGGGCAAAGUGAUACUCCUGGAGCGUGGCGGCUAUACGGAUAUGGAUGUUUGCGUUAUGUGUCAUCCCGCCCCUGGAAUUGCCCAUUCAGCUGGUAUAUCGACUUCUCUGGCCAUGCAGGCUAUGGAAGUGGAGUUUUUUGGCCAGUCUGCACAUGCUGCAGCUGCUCCAUGGGAAGGGACAAACGCUUUAGAUGCGGCAUUUCUCGCCUACUCUAGCAUCGCAGUUCUACGACAGCAGAUCAAACCAGACCACCGUGUACAUGGUGUAAUAAAGGGCCAUAACGGUGCUGCGAAUGUGAUACCUGACUACGCCAAGAUGCGGUGGUACGUCCGCGCUCCCACCCGGGAGCAAUUAUUUUCUUUGCGUGAUCGAGUACAGGCUUGCUUUAAGGCCGCCGCAAUGGCCACAUCGUGCCGAGCGAACAUUGAAUUUGGCCUACCCUAUCUUGAAUUGCGCCAGAAUAGUGUUCUAGGGGCUGAGUUUAUUCGUACUGCAAACAAUCACUGUGGUAUCGUUUCCGAAGUUUGGGAAUUUGCUUCGGCAGCGUCUACAGAUUUUGGAAACGUUACUUAUGAGCUUCCUUCGAUCCAUCCAAUCUUUGCAAUUCCUACCCAGCCCCAUGGAGGCAACCAUUCUCCGGCUUUUGCAGAAUCUGCGCGAAGCACGGAGGCACACAAAGCAUGUAUGGCCAUUUCAAAAGGGUUGGCGCUCACAGGAUUCCGUGUGAUCAAUGAUGAUGAUUUUUUCAGAAAGGUAAGGGAUGCCUUUGAACUAUCGAAGACGGACAAAACGCAUUAGAAUAGCCUGUACCUAACUUUGAUGUCAAUGUAUAGAUAGUACUGCGUUCAUUCACCACAGAUCUUGUAUCAAUCACUUUCUGGCCUUGUUACGGCUGGUUAUGCUAUACAGCUGUAACACUUGCACAAUAAAUCAUACAUAAAAUGUAAUUCUGGAAAACGC